AUGGGAGACGCUCUCGACGUUGGACCGGCCUCCAAGCUGUUCCAGCCUCUGGACAUUGCCAAUGGCAAGAUUCGCCUCAAGCAUAGAGUUAUCUUGGCCCCUCUUACAAGAAACCGGGGCACCCCGUUGAACGCUAACUCGACACCCGAAAACCCCAAUCGAAUCUGGGUCCCCAAUGACUUGAUGGUGGAAUACUAUACUCAGAGGACAACAGAGGGCGGCCUGAUCAUUUCUGAGGGUCUGCCCCCCUCAUUGGAGGGCAAUGCCAUGCCGGGUGUGCCUGGCAUCUUCCUUCCCGAGCAAGCCGAGGGCUGGAAAAAGAUCGUCGACGCAGUACAUGCUAAGGGAGGCUUCAUUUACGCCCAGCUUUGGCAUUCAGGACGUGCCAACAUCCCUCAACUGACGGGCACACCCAUCGUUGCCCCAUCCGCUGUCACUUGGGAUGACCCCAACGAGACCUUCUCCUACCCAGCCCCCCACAGCACGACACCCGUCAAGCUGGCAGAUCACCCACCUAUUGAGCUUACUGUCGACCACAUUAAGAAGACGAUUGAUGAUUACCGCAAGGCUGCUAAGACGGCUAUGGAGAUCGGAUUUGAUGGUGUCGAACUCCACGCAGGAAACGGAUACCUGCCAGAGCAAUUCUUGAGCACCAACAUUAACAAGCGAACCGACGAUUACGGCGGCACAGCCGAGAAGCGAUGCAGGUUUCCACUAGAGCUUAUGGAGGAGCUGGCCAAGACGGUUGGCCAGGAGAACCUGGCUAUCCGAUUGACUCCAUUCGGUCUAUUCAACCAGGCUCGCAGCGAGCAACGAGUCGAGACGUGGGGUCACCUCUGCCGCGAGCUGAAGACGCGUCUUCCAAACUUGUCAUACGUUAGCUUCGUCGAGCCUCGAUAUGAACAGAUCUUCUCUGAGGCCGAGAAGCAGGAGUUCUUGAACUCUUGGGGUCUGCCGACUGUCGAUCUGUCUCUGUUCAGGUCCAUCUUUGGCGACACGCCUUUCUUCUCUGCAGGUGGUUUUGAUGAUGGAAACUCAUGGGGUAUGCUUGAGAGUGGCAAGUAUGACGGUCUGUUGUACGGUCGUUAUUUCAUCAGUAAUCCUGAUCUGGUGGAGAGAUUGCGAAAUGGCUGGCCUCUUGCGCCUUACGACCGGUCGCGAUUCUAUGGACCGUUUGAGGACUCUACUAUUGGAUAUACGGACUAUCCUGCCUAUAAAGCAUAG